AUUACGAAGUCAGCAGUACUGCUGCAGGAUUAAAUGCCAGCCCUGCUGCCCUGCCUGGAGGUGGGUCUGCUAGAAGAGCACGCACGGUCUACACUUCAGCUCAGCUUGUCGAACUGGAGAAGGAGUUCCACUUCAAAAGUUACCCGUGUCGGGCAAGGCGGAUAAAAAUUGCGGCGUCGCUCAGCCUGUCUGAACGGCAGAUCACGGUAUGGUUUCAGAACCGUCGGAUGAAGUAUAAGAAGCAGAAAUCCGAGGGAAUAUUCGACAAGAGCCCCAGUUCACCGUGUGCAUCACCUGCUGUGUCUAUGCCAACAGCAUCCCCUUCAAGCGAAGUAAACGCCUUCUCUCCAGCCAACCAGUUUCACUGCGGGGGUCAUCAGCAGUCGUCACACGGGUCGGGAGUGUCCAGUCCUCAGCACCUACAAGAAGCUCUUCACUACUUCCCUAGCAAUUACAGUGGGCCCAAUCAGUACAACAGAUCCGGUAUGGUCGCCUCCAUGACGGGACACCAUGGACCCACGCCCCACUACAUGGCGCCCACUAACUUCUCUCCUGCCGUCAGCAUGCACGACAUGCAAUUGAUGGGACAAGGUCAUUAUGGGUAUCAAUACAACCUGCACAUGCCAUGCCCACCGCCCCUACAAGAGUCCCCACCCUACCCUCUGUUGCAUAUACCCUCAGUCGCAACAGAUUGGACAAAUGAGUUACGACAAGAGGAAAGAGACACUAACCAGCCUGUAGACUAUCUCUAG